AUGUCUGCUGAAGUUCCUACUUUUAAGCUAGUUUUAGUCGGUGACGGUGGUACCGGUAAGACCACAUUCGUCAAGAGACACUUGACAGGUGAAUUCGAAAAGAAAUAUAUUGCCACCAUCGGUGUUGAAGUUCAUCCAUUGUCAUUUUACACAAACUUCGGUGAAAUUAAAUUUGACGUCUGGGAUACCGCAGGUCAAGAAAAAUUUGGUGGUUUGAGAGAUGGUUACUAUAUCAACGCUCAAUGUGGUAUUAUCAUGUUUGAUGUCACUUCAAGAAUUACUUAUAAAAACGUUCCAAACUGGCACAGAGAUUUAGUUCGUGUUUGUGAAAACAUUCCAAUCGUUCUAUGUGGUAACAAGGUUGAUGUUAAAGAAAGAAAGGUCAAGGCCAAGACAAUUACUUUCCACAGAAAGAAGAACUUGCAAUACUACGAUAUCUCUGCUAAAUCUAACUACAACUUCGAAAAGCCUUUCUUGUGGUUAGCAAGAAAACUAGCAGGUAACCCACAGUUGGAAUUCGUUGCAUCUCCUGCAUUGGCUCCACCAGAAGUCCAAGUCGACGAAAACUUGAUGCACCAAUACCAACAAGAAAUGGAGCAAGCUACAGCAUUGCCCCUACCAGACGAAGACGAUGCAGAUUUGUAG